CUGGUGCAGGCAGAGCGCGAGGAUGGCGGCAGCAGCAGCAGCAGCAGCAGCAGCGCGUGGGAUAGCGGGCAUGACUGCGCGGCCGCUCGGGGCCAAGGAGCCGGUGGACCUGGGCACCUUCCUGGGGCGGGUGGUGCUGGUGGCCAAUGUGGCCUCGCUCUGAGGCACCACCGCCCGGGACUUCACCCAGUUCUCGGAGCUGCAGCAGCGCUUCGGGUCUGCGGGGCUGACCAUCCUGGCUUUCCCUUGCAACCAGUUCGGGCACCAGGAGAAUGCCACCAAUGAGGAGAUCCUGAAGUCACUAAAGCAUGUCCGCCCAGGCAAUGGGUAUGAGCCCAACUUCACUGUGUUUGAGAAGUGUGAAGUCAAUGGGGAAAAUGCUCACCCUCUCUUCAAAUUCCUGAAAGAAGAGUUGCCUUACCCACAUGAUGACCCUGUAUCUUUGAUGAAAAACCCGCAGUACAUCAUCUGGUCACCUGUGUGCCGCAAUGACAUCUCAUGGAAUUUUGAGAAGUUCCUAAUUGGUCGUGAUGGCAAACCAUUCAAACGUUACAGCAGGCACUUUGAAACCAUCAAGAUCCAGGAUGAUAUUAAAAAGCUGCUUUAACAAGUUCCUUAGAGUAAACCACAUUAAACCUUGCUGCAAUUUAUUUUUACCUCUUUGAUUUCAGCUAGCUUAUCCUAAGGUUGUUUGUGAUCAUUCCUAUGCUACAGUAAAGUAAAUAUGCACUCCAAAUUAAACAAGGUAAUCUGAUUACAUGAAGCAAAAUCGCAAUGGCAAAGAUUCCCUAGAAUUGGAUCAGUCUACUUUGAUGCUAUAAUGUAAGAUGUGAACCUUUAGCUGUUUCCUUCUGUAAUAUGCUGUCACUUAAUCUUACAGUUGCUAAACAUGUUUUAGUGUUAACAAGUACCCGUUAUAGCAUAGUAUCUCUGCUAAACCCAAGAGAUACUGUCACCAGUCUAGUGUUCAUCCCUGAUACUCAUAUACUUGAAACAUUCUGGAUAUGUAUGAGUAUUUCAAGCAUUGCAAUUUAGUAGCUACAUAAGGUGGGUCUGUAAUAGGUAUUGGUUAAUUCCAGACUUUAUAUCAUGCAUUGUCUAUUUUUCUAUGACCUACAGCUGUUUUCUUGAUAGUAAUUUUCUAUGCUCCAUCAAAAUUUUAUUCAUGAUGGUGCUUCUUCUAAACCCUUGAAAAGCACUUGACCUUCUAAAAUUUUGUCUGUGAAGCUAUAGUAAAUUAAAGGAGGGAAAACAGUUUGAAAUCAGCAGUUUGUGAAAAUCAGUGUAUAACAAUAAAAUGCUUGAAAACAA